ACUGCUAACAGAGGGUGUUCCUUGGCACCCAUGGAUGUCCAUGGAUGAAUGUAUCAUUGAAUGGGAUUUUAAAUAUACUAAAAAAUGUUACUGUCAAGGAGUGCAAGUAUUUUGAAAACUGCAUGCCAGCUGAAUAGGCAGAAAAAUAUCGCAGGAAAUUUACAGCAAGUCCGAAAUAAAUGGUGUUAUCGUACAGUACCUGAACGAAGUCUAACAUGGGAAAUAGCAGCUGAGGUAGCUGCUGGUCUCGCAUGGUUUUGGGUUUUGCAUAGUUUUUAUUACCAUUCGGAGCAUUUCCUUGGAGAAUUUGACUAUCCAGAUCCAAAGGAUUGGACUGAUGAAGAGUUAGGAAUUCUUCCAGAAGAUUGAAUGAUAAAUAGUAUUUCCGUGUAUGUAUGAAAUAUAUCAACACCUUUUUAAUUUAAGCAUAAAGCCAUCCUUAUGUUCUGUGAAUCUUGUAAUUUAUCUGAUAUAUCAGUUAUAGUUGGCAUGUAGAUAAUUUGUAAAAUACUGUUGUAAUAAAUAUUUAAACCAAU